AAAUAACCGUUGCCAGGUUUACAUUGUUAGGCGUUUUCGGAUAUAAUCUCCGAGGUUAGAAACCUACUUACCGGUACCUUUAUCAGGCGAAACGUUACAGAUAAGACGAAUGCCCGAAGACGAAACUAAUUAAGAUGCAAUCUAUCGCUAGACUACAGUCUCGAUAUGGAAGUCUGGAACUCAGACCGUUAAUUACGCGAAAAAAGUAAACAAACAUAGGUGCGUUUUUUAACGACAGUGUCAUAUAUAAGCAAGGAACGGUUUUAGGAAUCAAACAGACUUAAUUCAGAACAGACAGUAAAAAACUUCUGGAACAAAAUGGACAACCAAGACAAAGAAUCUGACAUCGCCGUUGUAUUACGAAAUCCCUCGAUUAGCUCAUUGGAAGCUCACGGAAGCCUCUACAACAAUGCAAUGGAAGUAGAAGUGACACCGGUAAUAGUUGCCAAGGAGAAGAACCCUAACGAAUCUCAUAAACGAUUCAAAUGUUCAAUUUGUGCGAAAGGAUUUUCUUCUGAUCAUCACCUGGAUAGACACAUGGUUGUCCAUACCGACGACAGACCAUUUCGAUGCACCAUCUGUGAUAAAGGUUUCAAGGAAAACAAAUCAUUAUCUCGACAUGUUAACCAAACGCAUUUGAAUAUAGGGAGUCAGAAAUGUAAAAUAUGCGACAAAUCCUUCGUUUCCACAUACAAUCUAAAUUUACACAUGAAAAGACAUUUGCGAGACCCAUCUAUGGUAUAUAAGUGCGAGAUUUGCGAUGUUGAACUUUUUGGUAAACCAGCGUUUAAAAAUCAUAAUGCAAUACACGCCAAAGAAAAACCUUUCAAAUGUAAAGUCUGCCCUAAGAAGUUUACCCAGCGUGCAGCCGUCUCCAGACAUAUGAGGCUCCAUACCGGUGAAUUGCCGUACAAAUGUACCGUUUGUGAAAAGGGCUUUAAUCAGCAUUGUAGCCUGAUAAGACAUACCCGACAACAUACUGGAGAAAGGCCGUACGUUUGCAAGGUUUGUGGUGCAACGUUCGUACAGAACACCGGACUUCAACUUCAUUCGAGGACACAUACUGGUGUGAAACCAUAUGAAUGUGAAGCAUGUGGGAAAUCGUUUGCCAGGAAGCAAUGCAGAGAUGCUCACGCUCGUCUCCAUUUGAAAUCAUAAUUUUCUUUUCCAAAUUAUUCCGUCAUGUAUACAUUUUAAAAUAGGUCACAAAUUCAUGAUGUAGUUAAAUUAUUCAUAAUCUGUGUGUUCAUUAUUGGACACGUUUAGUGGACAUAACGAUCGUUUUGUUAUGUUGUUCUUUGACACGUUUUGAAGAAAUCGCUUUUCUUUUUGAUUACUGGACCAAUUGCUUUGAAAUUUUCAGUGGUUAAAGAUAAAAAUUUUCUUCAGAAGGCUAUUACUUUUUUUUGCUAUGACGUCAUCAAAAUUAUUGCCAUCAGGUGGCGCUACGUAUCCAUAUAUAUGAGCAUAGCUCUCUUGUUAAAUAUUAUGCGACGUAAGUGUGUUUAAGUGUGAGUGUUUAUUUUGAUUUUCCAAUACAACAAAACAAUACAUGGCAAAACAAACAAA